AUGGACGCAGCAGCGCUGGAGGUCACAAUUAUAUCUGCGGAUGGUCUGAAAAACGUAAGAAAGUUGGGGGGAACAAUGCGCACUUAUGCAGUUGUAUGCAGUAACGACAACGUUAAUUCGAGUGCAUCUACGCGGAUUAACAAAGAUGAUGGGUGUAAUCCUGUUUGGAAUGAGAAGCUGCAGCUGAGGAUUAGCAGUGGAUUGCAUGCUUGUUCUCUAAACAUUCAAAUCUAUUGCAACACAAGCUUUGGAAAGCGAGUAGUGGGACGGAGCAAAGUGCCGUUGUCCGACAUAACACUGGGUUACGGAGCACCCAACGGUUUACAUUACCUGAGCUAUCGAUUGAGGACAAAGAAUGGAAAGCGCAGUGGUACCAUCGAUCUCUCUCUGCGGAUUUUGACACAGCCUAACCGCCCUCAAAUGUUUAAUCCUUCCAUUUCAAAGUUUCCAGGCCAAGGAAGUUAUCAUAACAGUCAUCCUUUCUCAAAAGGAAUGUCGGCACGUGGGCGUCAUCAGUUGCAGCAAAACACAGCAGUGAAUGGGGUGCCAUCGACGUGGAUGGGUUACCCUCAGAGCCAGAGUCACUCAUCUCCAUACUUAUCUGCUCCUACCUGCUUUUAUCCACCGCCACAAUAUUAG